GCCAUAUCAUGGCGUUCCAUGAAACAAACCAUCACGGCCACUUUAUCUAAUCACUCGGAAAUCUUAGCCAUACAUGAGGCCAGCCGCGAGUGUGUUUGGUUGAGGUCGAUGACCCAAUAUGUCCGAGCUGAUUGCGGGAUGGCCGAGUGCAAAAAGCCAACCGUGAUGUAUGAGGACAAUGCUGCGUGCAUUGCUCAGCUCAAGGACGGUUACAUAAAAGGUGAUAGGACGAAGCACAUAUUGCCUAAGUUCUUCUUCACUCACGAGCUUUAGAAAGCCGGUGAGGUCCAGGUCGUCCAAGUACGAUCUAGUGACAAUUCAACUGACCUAUUCACCAAGGCAUUUCCUAACUGCACGUUAAGGAAGCUCACACAUCAGAUUGGGAUGCGUAGGCUUAAGGACCUCCACUGAGAUUCACAUCAGGGGGAAUAGUACGUGUUGUACUCUUUUUCCUUCAUCAUGGUUUUGUCCCACUGGGUUUUCCUGAUAAGGUUUUAAUGAGACAACAUUAAGCGUAUUAAAAUCCCUGUAUGGUUAUGGCAUCCAAGGGGGAGUGUUAUAAAUCAAUUGGUGGAUGUCCAUAACCGGCCCGGUCCAUAACCGGUCCAUACACUUAGAGAGAGAGACGGCACAACCCUAGAGAGAGAGAGGCGGCCGCGAGACUUAGAGAGGAGAGAGAGGCGGCUACAACUUGCAUAUUUUCUAAUUCGUUUAUGUUUAUGAUUUGUAAUCUUUCCUAUUAUUUUAUUUCUAUUUAUCUCUAUUGUAACACCUAUAUAAAAGAAACACUUAUUCAUUAAUAAUAUACAGAUACUUACAGUUCUAAAUCGUUAAGUUUAAUUACAACACGCCUAAGUUAUGCUAUUUCUUUUCCAUUUUUUUACCAGUAACUAAUAAGUAAUAACGACAUUUUCCUUUUUUGACCAGAAACUAAUAAGUAAUAACGACAUUUAUACACUAAAUAUGUCGUCAUCUCCGAAUAAUAGCUUCUAGUCUCAACAGAAAACUUUUCCAAAUAAAAUUUGAAAACAACAUUGUUAAUUAUGUUCAUAUCGACAUUGUCUCUUCAAGAUUACACACAUUCUCUCAUCUUUAGGGCAUAAUAUCUCUAACCUAUCAAACAAAUUCUAUACCUCAGAUAAACCUCUGUAAACAAAAAUCUUUUAUAAAUAAGCAGCGUGAGUUGUUCACUGUUACAAACCCACAAAGGAAGAGAAAAAAAAGUCAAAACCCUAACGUGUACAUCAAGUGCCAAAGAUGGGCUGCUUCUCAAAAACCCUAAAUUUAGCUUUCGUUUUCUUGUUGGUUACUCUACCUCUUCUUGUCUCAGCCACGGAGGUAGAAAACGAAUGUGGUGGCUCCAAUGGAAGAACCUCCGCUGCGGAGAAGGCAACGGUUCUGAAGUACAAGAUCGGAGCCUUCUUCUCCAUCUUAGUCGCCGGGGUAUUCGGAGUAUGUUUAUCUAUCUUCGGUCUCAAGUCAGAGAGCAACUUCUUCAUGUUUGUGAAGGCAUUCGCCGCAGGAGUAAUCUUAGCCACUGGUUUCGUCCACAUCCUUCCAGAUGCCACCGAGAGUCUCACGAGUCCGUGCCUUGGAGAAGAGCCCCCGUGGGGAGAUUUUCCUAUGACGGGACUAGUCGCUAUGGGUGGAGCGAUCUUGACCAUGUUGAUUGAGUCUUUUGCUUCAGGGUGCUUGAACAGGUCUCGGUUGGAGAAGAAGACCUUGCCGGUGAGUACUGGUGGAGAUAAGGAGGAGCAUUCUCAUAUUGGCUCUGCUCAUACUCAUGCCUCACAAGGACAUUCUCAUGGCUCUUUUCUGGUUCCUCAAGAUGAUCUGAGGAAAAGAAUCGUAACACAGGUAAAUAAAAUCAUUAAAAUCGAGUUCUAGACAAACACAAUUGCUAAAGCAAUUAAGUAGUACUAAACACAUGUUGUUUUGUUUUUCUCAUGGUGUUAUUAGAUAUUAGAGUUGGGGAUUGUGGUUCACUCAGUGAUAAUAGGGAUAUCUCUGGGAGUAUCUCCGAGUGUAAGCACAAUAAAGCCUCUCUUGGCAGCAAUCACUUUCCAUCAGCUCUUUGAAGGUUUUGGUCUUGGUGGUUGCAUCUCUGAGGUAAUUUUAAAUUCUCUUUUUCUUUCUGUCAUAUUUAUGUUUUUAUGACUGGCUGAUAAGCAUUAACAUUGUGUUUUUGUGCAGGCAAAGUUUGGAGUUAAGAAAAUUUGGAUUAUGGUGUUAUUCUUCGCACUCACGGCACCAGCAGGGAUUGGAAUUGGUAUUGGAGUUGCUGAGAUUUACAAUGAGAAUAGCCCAAUGGCACUAAAAGUGUCUGGUUUUCUUAACGCUGCGGCGGCUGGAAUCUUAAUUUAUAUGGCACUUGUUGAUUUGGUAGCUCCACUUUUUAUGAACCACAAAGCUCAAAGUAGUAUGAAAAUACAAUUGGCUUGUAGUUUUUCUCUUGUUCUUGGUGCUGGUUUGAUGUCCCUUUUAGCUGUUUGGGCUUGAAGAAGUUUUGUUUCUUUGCUUCAUGAGGUUUUGUGUUUUAGUUAUUUGGGCUUUACAUAUGUUUCAGUUACUUGAGACUUUUUAGAAAAAAAACAAUCUCAUUUUGAUUUAGAUUUGGAUACAAAUACAUUGAUAUAUCAGUCAAUUUGGUUCAAGAUGUUAUCAGCUCUUCAUGGCAAUCUCUUGAAAAAGGUUAUAUGGAAAAUAGAAUGUAAAAUCAAAACCUAAGCCUACAAGUCUCGUGACGCAGUAUACAAGGAACAUAUGAGCAAUUGAGCAGCAACUAAAAGGGAGAAACAGCAAAUCGCUCGACAACGUGCAAAACAAGAAGUAAGAAUGACUUUGUAACGAGUCAAAUAACUCUUACAACUUUGGCUCUUCAAGAAAAAAAAAAUUCAAGAGAUUGCAUUUUUGUCGAAACUAUCCGUUUUCAUUUUGUGGAUAUCCAUGGAAUAACCCCUUAAAAGGAUAUGGCAUCGUUAUCUUUUAUACCAAAUUCUUGC